GCGAAGAGAAAAAACAUUCUGUCUGUUAGCAUCCAAUUGCCUUUGAAGAGCUGGGAAGAGAGCAAUUCACACUGGAUUAUCCCCCAUCAGAUAAGUGAGCAGCCGCCCGGUUGAGGCCAGUCUGGAGACGGUCUUCCCGUCUGGCUGCUGUCUGGGAGGCCAUGCUUCCCUCCCUGCGCGUCCUGGCUCUCAGCUUCCUGGUAACCCUGACCUUGGGCCAGACUUUCCAAUUUCCACGCUAUGUCUUCCUUCAAUUCCUGGGCUUAGACAAGGUGCCUUCACCCCAGAAGCUCCAACCCGUGCCUUCUAUCUUAAAGAAAGUUCUCCAGGACCGAGAGGUGGCAGCAGCGACCGGGGCGUCCCCAGAUCUCUGCUACGUGAGGGAACUGGGCGUCCGUGGGAACGUGCUUCGGCUUCUCCCAGACCAAGGCUUCUUUCUGUAUCCGAAGAAACGUCCCCAUGCUUCCUCUUGUCUACAGAAGGUCCUCUACUUUAACCUGUCUGCCAUCAAAGAACAGGGACAGGUAACGAUGGCCCGGCUGAGCCUGGACUUGGGGCCCAGUUCUUACAGCCACCUGGGACCAGAACUGGAAUUGGCUCUGUCCCUGGUUCAGGAGCCUCGUGGAUGGGGCCGCUCCACGCCCAGGCCAGGGAAGGUGCUUGCCCUGCAGUCAGUCCCGUGGCCACAAGGGGUCCUGAACUUCAACCUGCUGGAGGUGGCUGCGGACUGGACUCGCAACCCCCAGAAGAACUCGGGUUUGUUCCUGGAGAUACUGGUCAAAGAAGACAGAGACUCUCGGGAGUCUUCUCAGCUUGAGGACCCCUGUGCCAGACUGAGACGGUCCCUGCACGCGUCCCUGCUGCUGGUGACCCUCGACCCCGAGCAGUGCCGCCCUUCCUGGAAAAGGAGGGCAGCCGUCCCUGCUCCCCAGGCAUCUUGCAAGCACCUCUGUCACCGCCACCAGCUGUUCAUCAACUUCCGGGACCGGGGUUGGCACAAGUGGAUCAUCGACCCCAAGGGCUUCAUGGCCAACUACUGCCACGGGGACUGCCCGUUCUCCCUGACCACCUCUCUCAACAGCUCCAACUACGCUUUCCUGCAGGCGCUGAUGCACGCGGCCGACCCAGACGUGCCCCAGGCUGUCUGCAUCCCCACCAGGCUGUCCCCCAUCUCCAUGCUCUACCAGGACAACGAUGACAACGUCAUCCUCCGGCACUAUGAGGACAUGGUGGUUGAUGAAUGUGGGUGUGGGUAGGGUGUCAGAAACAGAGAGGAGGCGUGUGCUUAGGGUCAGUCUCCUAAUAAAAGAACCUGU